GCUUGGUUGCAUCCUUGUCACAAGAAAGAGGACAUGACUGCUAUGCAACUAGAGGUGUUUUAGAGGAGCUGUUUUCUGUGUCUGGUGUUUUUACAGACUUUGUUUCCUGCGAAAGGAGGAGGAAGGGCUCCAUUUGAAGAGGUGUAGUAAGUAAAAGUAGCAACACUGCUGCUGACGCUUUGCCAACUGAUCAUUUUAGUGUUUUAGGCCUGUUUGCUGUGUGGUGCAGCUGCUGAUUAACGUCAGCAUCAGCCCCAGAGACGGAUGGCCGGUUUUAGUUGUAGCUUUAGCUUUAUGAGCGCUGUGCUCCUGAGCGCCUGCGUCGUGAAUGCGAAGCCCACGCUUAGGAAAGAGAGGGUUCUCCGUGAUCCAGAGCUGAGGCAAGCCCACGAAGACAGCAAGAGCUACCAGUACGACCAUGAGGCCUUUCUGGGCAAGGACGAGGCCAAGACGUUUGACCAGCUCACCCCCGAGGAGAGCAGGGACAGGCUGAGCAAAAUUGUGGACCGUAUAGAUGGAGAUGCAGAUGGGCACAUCACAACAGAUGAACUGAAGGCCUGGAUAAAGCGUGUCCAGAAGCGCUACGUGUACGAGAACGUAGCAAAGGUGUGGGUCGAUUACGAUCUGAACAAAGACAACAAGAUCUCUUGGGAUGAGUACAAGCAGGCCACUUACGGAUAUUAUCUCGCUAACCCAGAGGAGUUUGAGGAUGCCACAGACCAGUUCAGCUUUAAGAAGAUGCUUCCUCGAGAUGAGAGAAGGUUCAAAGCGGCGGAUCUAAAUGGCGACCUGGCAGCAGAAAAGGAAGAGUUCACGGCCUUCCUCCACCCCGAGGAGUUCGAACACAUGAAGAAUAUUGUGGUUCUGGAAACGCUGGAGGACAUCGACAAGAACGGCGACGGACAUGUGGAUGAAGACGAGUACAUUGCUGACAUGUUUGCUCACGAGGACGGGGGUCCUGAACCUGACUGGGUCAGGACUGAGAGGGAACAGUUUUCUGACUUUCGAGACCUGAACAAAGAUGGAAAGAUGGAUCAGGAUGAAAUCCGGCACUGGAUUAUGCCACAAGACUAUGACCAUGCCCAGGCUGAGGCCAGACACCUCGUGUACGAGUCCGACCAGGACAAGGAUCAGAGACUGACCAAACAGGAGAUUCUUGACAACUGGAACAUGUUUGUUGGAAGUCAGGCCACCAAUUAUGGCGAAGACCUCACCAGAAACCAUGAUGAGCUCUGAUCUCCAGAAACUCAAAUGUACUCCCUCCUGUCAGUGGAUCAGUGGGACAGACUUCACAGUGACGCCUCUCAAACAGACACUUUAGAUGCCAAAUAAAAUGGAUAGAUGUUCCUACUAAAGUUUUUUUGGACGGUUUCCCUCCUCUUGUUAGAUAGUUUUGCUCCUGAUAUUCAGGAGUGAAAUCAGAGGGGUCUUGCUGUAAUUCUGAGCGGUGCCUUCCAGCCAUGGUGCAGCAAACAGUGCUGCCUCUAAUAUUUGUAUAAAUGUUUUUCAAUCAAACCAGUCAUCGUCGGUUAUAUGAAUAGUUUGUGAUAGCAAUGAAAAUGUGAAACUUUAA